AUGUAGAAUUAUCGUUUCUGGAAAACUGUAGGUAAUAACCAAGUAUUUUUGAUCAUCGAACGCAUCUUGCACGUUAAUUCAUGAACUUCCUCGUAUUGCAUGCAGCGUUACCUUGACUGGAGAUGGAUCCUAAGCAAGAUACAUUUAAUGAAUCUGUGUCGACAAUAAUAGAAAGAAAAGUAAGAGGUUGGUUAAGUGGAGUGAUUGACGACAUGCGGCGAAGUAGUCCAGUGCAACAGUGGCUGGAUUCCCUGCCAGCUGACGAAACAGUCGCACCCGAGGACACUAGUGAAGAAGUAAAGAUCUCAGAGCCCAAGUCUGAUGACAAUGAUAGCAAAGCAGAUGAAACAGUAACUGAGAACACAGUAAUAGAGCCUAACAAAGAAGAGCUCCAAGAUGAUCAGAACCUAGAAGUUCCUUUAAAAGAAGCCUGGAAAAGGAAGUCACUUGAUAGUGGGUUACUAACUAGCACACCUCAGCGAACUAAUGUUAAAAGACUACAACGGGACCAUUCAAUACAAUCAGAGGGAUACUCCCCCAAGUUUAAGAAUCCAUUAUUUAGAGACCAUUCUUUGCAAUCUGAUAACAGUGGCUCAAGUGGAAGUUCAGUUUUAAAUGUGCUAGGAGCACGAAAAGUAGAUGCUGAGUCAGUACUGCUUGCUCUAGGCUUUGGGCCAAGUGAAAAGCAGCAAAAAUUGCAAAGAAUACCUGACAGAUUUUUAGCACCUUCUAAACUUAAAGGUAUUAGCACAGAAGAUUUUAUCAAAAAAGAGCAGCAUUCAAUGCGUAUGCACGAUUGUGGGAUAUUUGGAUAUAGAGGUCUUACCGGGAAUCCUCAUGUUCCACCGUCGACAAUUGUAGCUAAAAUAAUUGGAUGCAUUCUACAAGACGAGGAAUGUCGUGAGGAGGCGUUAAUAAAAUCCAGACACUCUAUAGCGGACAUGCGAACUCAACCUAACCUCAGUGCAAUCCUCGCCGCGCGUAUGCGCCACAACUAACUAGGUAAACAAACAAGAACGUGACCUCACCUACUUGUAAACAACACCUCAACCAGAAUUAUAAGCACAUUAUUUAAUUCGUGGUGUAAAAAUAUCGGUUGUUAAAUAAGCAAUGCAAUCACCAAUGUAAUUCCCAGUAUAAGCUCAAAAUUAUUCGCUCAACAUGUUGUUAUUGGUGAAGGGAUAACUAAUUUAAUUAUAUUUACGUGUAAAAACCUAAGAAAAGACUUACCUAUACCAUUGAAUGGAACAUUUCUAAAAUAAUCCUGACUGUUAAUUACAAAACCAAAUCACAGUCUGUAAUAAACCUAAGGUUUUAAGAAUUUUAUUAACGUUAAAGAUCCGAUAUUUUAAAGAGAAUCUAGAAUUAGAUCUUAUAUUCCUUGUACUACAUAGAAUUAGAGAUCAUAAAUUUUUGACAAGUUUUAAAAUAGUAAAAGUAGUCGGAUGUAAUGUAAUAUCACCUCCUUAUAAUAUUCUAAAAUAUAGAUAUUUAUUAGAAUUAUUAGAAGUCAAUAAAAACUUAAUAGAAAUAAAUUUAUCAUUUCCUAUGACUAUUUCUGAGCUUAUUGUACAUAACUUUAAAUUCUACGUAUUUAAUAAAAGAACUUACGUAAUGUUAAGCCAAAUGUUAUUAUUGAUUGUACUUAUCGCUUCAUAUUCAUGACGUAGGUAUAGUGCAAAGACUACUAUGACUAUUGCUUGUUUAUAUCCUAGAUACUUAUGGAUCAUAUCAAACUUGCCUGACUUAAAAUAUAAAAUCCAAUCUACCUAAGUGUUAUGUGAUAGUGAUGUAAAUACAUAAUGUUAUGUCCUCUUAUUGUAAUUAUUGGUAUUUAUUUCUGAAAAUCUAUUGCUAUUUCUAUAAUUAUAUUUCAAUGAGUUACUAUUAUGACAAAUGUAUUCAAAUGUUAAUUUAAUAAUAAUGCAUUUUAUCUUCUGUAGAUAUUAGUAAAAAAAAAGCUUUUAUCGGCGCUGCGGUGAGAUAUAAUCUCUGAAUUUCGUGAUGCAAUUGUGACUCGAAUGGUUUUAUAUAUUUUAUUGUUUAUGUCAAUUGGCAAUUAUUUCGUGAAUUAAUUUAGAGUAGUUAGUCUUUAUUCAUACUAACAGAUGAGAGCUUACUUCAAACACAAACAAGGAUUUAAAUCUUGCAAAGAAUUUAAAUAUUGCUGGCCCGGUUCAAGUAAAUAAAUUACGUAUGUGUAGUUACUUGAAAUGUUCAACUAAGGUAGUUUGAGCAGUGCGAAGAAUGUGAAGACCUUUUAAUGCCUAUAAUAAUAUUACGCUGUUUGAAGCUAGUAUCAUAGAGGUGUGGUAAAAUAUGGCCUCCCCUCUAAUUGCGGUUUGCCCUUCAUACCAAAAUACUUACUAGUUAUGACUUAUAGUGAACAAAAUAUUAUUAAUAAUCUGUUACUUUAGUUCGUAUUAUUUCCUUAUUCGAUUAUGUUAAUGACUUAAUAUGAAAAAAGAUUUUAUUUACUUGUGCCUUAUAUAAAAAUCGGUACUGUUUGUAUAAUUUAGGGUAAUUCAAAUCAUUCCUAUUUAAAUGUACAUUGCGAUUCGACGGUAAAUAUCAAUGUUAAACCUAUGAUAAUUACCAUUGUUGUGUUAUUGUACUAAGCCAAAGCUUUUAAAGUCAUUUAAAGGGAUUAAACGGUAUUCUAAAUUGACCAAUUAAUCACUUUGAAGGAAUUUAAAACAACAUUCCUAAGAAUAAAAUGUUCAGGAAGUUAAAUGCGGUGUUGAUAGAAGCGUUUAGGUAAUGAAAUCUAAAUGUAUAAUUUAUUAAUGUUAGAACAAUUUAUUAAAUUUUGUGUAAGUGAAGAGUUCCGCUCACUUCCUGAAGCCAAGGUCUGCAGAUACACUGGCCUUAAAUUAUUGUGAUGUGGUUAAUGUGACCUGAUCCUUAAUAUGUCAUAUUAUUUUUGCUCAUUAAAUUAGGUACUUAACUGUUUGACUUGUAUUAUUUGAAGAUCUGAAUAUGUAUGUGAGUGUGUGGGAUCAAUUGUAAAGUGAAACCCAGUAAACUACUAUUUUCUGGAA